AUGACGGCAACUCCACCACACCCACAGCUCGAAGCGCCGCCUGAAGAUGUGUACCUGCAGCAGCAUGGCAUUCCAGACCUCUUACGGCACCUCAAUCAUGAGCUCGUGCAGCAGAAGCCGACAAACCACCUUAACUUUAUGCUGCAGUGGCUCGCGAAUAAGGCAAAGACGAUGGGGAGAAAGGGCGUUGAGGCGGCGGCUGAGGUCAAGCACGAUGAGGGGGCCCUGUCAUUAAAACCCUUCUCUUUGCAGGAACUGUGCAGCAGAGGUGAUGCAACGGAAGCGGGCAGCGAGCGUGUGAUUUCUCAAUUUCCCGCGCUGGCAGAGUUUUCUCCGGUAAAAGAACUAGUUCUCACAGACGCUGGUACUGGUGACUUCGGCAGCACCGUUGGUCAUACCCCACAAUGCGGUGAACGCACCCUCCACUGUGACUAUGCGGCCCCCGAAACCCCAGUCAGGAAAAUGACCCACUUCACCACCGCCGCGGAUUCUUUACUAAAGACAGAACCGCACCAAAUCCAUGUGGAUCCUGAGGUGGUUGCUUCUACAAGACACCUAAUGAGAAUUGUGCAACGCCUUCCGCCCACUGAACAUGUGGCGGCAUCCGUCUUUAUGGAAAGUCUGCUUGAGAAAAAAGCCUCCGUAACACCUUCACCACAAUCAUGGAUGAAGUCAGACAUUUCAAUGGGAGUCAACUGCAACAGAGAAAGUAGACUCUGUUCAAUUGGAGAUACAAAUUGGCGAUUUUCUGUCGGUUCGUCCAGUGUUAAUGCUCCCAAUUAUAUUGCAGACUUUCCGUACACGCGCACGCAUCUACAGGACCUGGUGCAUGAUGCACUGACUGCCAGUGUCCUUGCACGGGACUCAAUGAGACCAGGUGGCAUGGAUGGGAAACCAAAUGUAGGUUGUCCUGCCUUUGCAGAUUCUCUGUUGACUGGAGGUGUGCCUUUAGGCGCACACAGCGAGAUACCAUUGGCCCCUCUCAACCUUUACAGUCAUGAUACGGAUGACGCAGGGAAGCAAAGGUGUAUGGAUACACCGUUGUCGGACGCUCUUCUAGCUUACAGAUUCACUGUUGAUGCUGCGUCUACACCACGAUUGAGAGAUGAAGAAGUUGCGUUACCGCAGUUGCAGCGAUUGUCUUCACUUGAUGAGGAACUGGAUAUGGUGCGGGAGGCCAUUCUAAGGCAUGAAUCAUUUUCUGGGUUUGAUGAAACACGGGUGGAAUGUAUUGUGCGUCAUAUGGAACGCCUUGCUUUGAGUGAUGGGCAGUCACACACUUUUCGAAACGAGAUUCUCUUUGUCUGCUCUGGGGCGUUGUUGGUGGAGCAGGAGGCUGGUGUGCCUCUUAACCUCUCAAAAGGGGAGUUCCUUGGUGAACUUCACAUAUCACAGGAGGACAAUAAGAAAGUCCAUCACACGGUACGCGCGUUGUCGGGCACCGUUGUAUUCUCGAUUCGAAUUGGAACCCUUUGUUUUCUGUUAAAUGAGGAGAAGGUGGCACGUCGUUCCAUGUUUCUAGAGAUUAUGGAGACUUUGCCGCUGCUCUCAAACCUUUCCCUUGGGAAUCGGAAACGCUUCGCAGACACUCUGCGUGUACGGAGUUAUAAGGCGGGGUUAAUGCUUCUGCAAAAAGACCGACCAGUGGAGUGGGUUUCAUUUGUGCUCCGCGGCACAGUGAAGAGAAAUGUGGAGGAUGAAACAGGACUGAUGCGAAGCUUGGAUCAGGCAGGGUGCGAAAACAGGACUACCUCCUGCGCCACCUUUUUGGAGAUUACUACAGGAGAUGCAGUUGGAGUCUUUGAACUCCUUUUUCACUCAAACAGCCUUACAGAUGCAGUAGCCGCGUCUACGGUGUUAGUGGCGCAGAUGCACACGGUGUACUUCGAGAACCUUGUCCCAAAGCAAUCGCUGGAAGAGAUGCGGUGCAGAGUGCUUAUGACUCCCCGCAUCUCCUGGCUGGCACAAUAUGCGACAGAGGAUGUGCGUCGUCUUGUCGAGCGGAUAGAACAACGGAAAAGCCUGGUGGCGGUGAAAAGUCAUGUUUGGGAUACGAAGGGAGUGGCAAGUUCUACCGCACCAUCCAGCACUCGUGGCUCAACAGUGGCCAACGCAGGAAGAAGGAGUACGAUUAGGGUAAAGAAUUUGAAAAUGGCUUCCUCCGGGGAAAUUGUGUACUCAGGGAAGAAGAAUCUGUAUCGGUUUCCUCUCCCUGUGUUGGAGAUGAGUAACACCAUUAUCAUUGCUGUUGUCUCCGAUGGUGUCAUCAUUCGAUGGAGCGCUGUAGCCGGGCGGCUCACUGGAUUUACCCAUCAAGAUACCCUUGGGCAACGUAUUUAUGGGCUGCUUGCCACGGAGACGACACGACGCGGAAUGCGGGAACAGUUACUUCAGGCACAACGGUUUAUUGGCUCCUGGGAAGACUAUGUUGCCACCGGCUUAUCCUCCCCGUGUGUCUAUCGCUUCCGUCAGACGUCAGACCUGUACCACGUAAACCUCAUCUUGAGUGUUGUCCCAUCCUGCUUGGGGGAUGCUAGUGAUGUUAUGCUGCUUGUGGGUCGUGAGGCAGAGAAUCCUGUGAUGGCGAACCACGUUGAGGAUGGGGUACGUUGGAUGCGGGAUGUGUUGCAACCUCAAUUAAAUGCGUUUCAAAAACGUGUGAAAGGCAUUGAAGAGAAGAACUGGAAUUUGUCCCCGGAGGACGGUAAAAAGCUGCUGGCACACGUGGAAACCUGCAAUGCGCUCAUGGAACGCUACAUACGUGUCUCACAUCUCAACUUGGAAUCCCUGAAGGAGAUAUGGAAGCCGGUUCGCAUUCGGCACACGCUGCGACAGUUUGCACGAGAGAUGGUACAGUUGGUUGGUGGUGCUGAAAAUCGUCUUACCCUUUCCUUUGAGGAUGACGUCCCAAGCCAGGAGGUCUUUUUUGAUGUGGAGCAUAUGCUGGAUGUUCUGCGGCGCGUGGUGGUUGACGCCAACCAGGCUGGCAUGGAUAUUGCCGUCUCCGUCGUUGUGUCUGUGGUGAAUCCCGUGUUGCCAAUGACGUCAUGCUGUGAAAUUACGAGUCCGGUUGUGGCUUCACGACAGAGCAGUACAAGUUCCCAUUUGGCGUUGCUCUCACUCUCUCCGCCUGUAAGCUUGUCGCACAACACUCCAUCGAAUUCACAGUCAGUCAGCACGCCCUUCUCCAAGGACGGGGUGCGUCGCUGCGGCAGCUCCCAGCAACCGCAGGUGAUUCAGGUAUCGGCUCCUUCCUCCCUGCGACGCCUUCGCAUUGUUGUGACAGACACCGCGGAGCUGGAGACAUGUGGGGAGGAAGAUGCGAAACUAGGGCUUACGACACCGCCGAAACUGAGUCCAGAUGAGGAAGAGAAGAAGAGGGUAUUGAGAAGAGAUGCCACGCUAAGAAGAGCAACCACAAUUAAAGCAUGUGAACGGAUUGUUGUUAAUAUGUGUGGUACACUCUCUUUUCAGACCUCACGAGAUACGUCUGUGGUGAAUACGACGAGUAUUGAACUACCCCUUCUACCCGCUCCCUGGGAGGAGGACGAGGAUAAAGAGGAUAAGACUCAUUCUAUCAUUGCUGGUCGUCCACUUUCUGUGGUGGUUGCAGAUAGAAAUCCGAAGCAGCGUUAUAUCUUUUGUCGAUUACUGUGGGCACGUCGUCAUGCUGUUGUGCAGGUUACAUCACUUCAUGAGGCCAUGAUGAAUGUGGAGACUGGUGGCACAGACGUUCUUGUGAUUGAUCCAUUAUACCUUGAGGCUACGGAGGAGGAAUACGCCGCAUUACGAGAUGGCACAUCUCCAUUUGAUACUCUGCGCCAACAUCCAGAGCUUGUGAUUGUGAUUUACGCGGACGACUUUAAUGACUGGCGUGUGAAAAAGCUGAAGGGCUACUGUCACGUUAUUGAACUCCCCAAGCCCGCCUCUGGGGCUCUGCUACACAUUGCCAUGCACGAAGCAGAACGUGUGGUGAUGGGUGUGCGUGAGGAUGAGGAGCAACUCGCCCUCCUCCGCACAGCGUUUACGGAGUUUCAACCUGAUCGACACAAGGUGGGUAAACUAUUGGGUAAGGGAGCCUUUGGCGAGGUCUUUGAGGUCGAGGAUCUUCUCACAGGUGGAAAACUGGCGAUGAAACGUGUACACCUUGACGGCCCAUUGGCUGAUGACGUCGUUCAAGAGCUGCUGGCGAUGACCUCGCUAAGUCACGAGAACUUCAUCCAUUACUUUUACUGUCAGAAGGAGAGUGACACGCAGCUCUGCCUUUAUAUGGAAUUGGCGUCGGGAGGCACACUUCGCGAUAAAAUUCGACAGCAAAGGUCUCCUAUGCCGCUGGAAGAGAUUGUGCGGUACCUACAAGACCUAUGCCGUGGCCUCGCGUAUUUGCAUUCCAAAAAUUAUGUUCACAGGGACAUAAAAACAACGAAUGCGCUUAUUGAUCACCAUGGGAGAAUUAAAAUUGGGGAUUUUGGCACGGCAAAGCGUCUAAAGCGACCUUCAGACAAGUUAUUUGCGGUGGUGGGUACCCCGCAGUUUAUGGCACCGGAGGUGAUGAACGCGGACGCCACGAAAGGUCUUGGCUACAACCAAAAGGCAGAUAUUUGGUCCCUGGGGUGUGUGGCGUUGGAGUUGGCAACGGGCCAGGCACCCUUUUCGUAUCUUGAGUCCACACGUGGCAUGGGGAUUUUUUUGUACAUCAGCAAGCUUGCAGACACCCCGGACUUGGACGUUAUCAAGGAUGGAAACCCCUUCUUGCAUGCCUUUAUUAAGGCAUGUCUCUGCAUAGACCCUGAUAAACGACCCACAGCGCAGGAAUUGAUUCACCACGAUCUUCUGCAGGAAGCAGAGCAAAUCUCUCGAAAUGAGCAAGUGGCACGAAAGGUGGAGAUGGUAGAGAAGUUGUUGCAUUACGCCGCAAUUGACUCUGAUGGUGAGGACGUGGAAGAAGAGGAAGAGGAGGAGGAGGAAGAAGAAGAAGGGGAGCUUGACGGUGCUGACAGCAGCGUGACUACCACCUGCACCGUCAAGGAAAAAGCUGCAGGUAGUCAAGAAAGGCGUCAAAUGCAUUUGUGCCAAAGAGAAGAAUGGAAGUUGUUUUGGAACCGGGGGGGAGUAAAUCAAAACUACCUUGCGGAGGAGCAGGAUUUUUUUGCCUCCACCACACCCACCUCAAGUGGGGAAGACUAA